UUUAGAAUGGGAAUUUAAAUGAGCUUGUAUUCUAUUUGAAUAUCCUAGUCACUGAAUAGAAAGUUGGGGUGCACUGGAAGUGUAAGCAGGGUGUAGAACAUAGGGAGACGCUCCUGCAAGAAUCUGGCCUGUGUGUUGUUUGGUUUUGUUUUUUGGGGGGAGGAGGGGGAAACGUUCAGUGCUAAAAUAAGCCUGAGUUGCCAAAAACUCUAAACAAACUUCAUUUAGAUUGACCUAAAGCAGUAUAAAAACAUUAUCUUAGGCCAUUCUUUACUUAGUUCUAGAGUUAAUAUAUAACCGUGUGGAAGCAGUCUCCCUUUUCCCUUCCCCAGUAGUAAAAUAUUGUGCAUGUUUGGUGUCUUAAAAAGUUUCCAGCUACAACCUGUUUAAAACUGUUUCCAAUUGGCUGAUUUUCUUUUUCUUUUUUUGUUAGAUGAAAGGGGCACUGACUGAAAUUAUCCAGCUCGCUACCUUGGAUUCAGACCCCUGGGUCUUAAUGGUAGCUGAUAUUUUAAAAUCCUUUCCAGAUACUGGCUCCCUUAACCUUGAUCUUGAAGAACAGAAUCCCAAUGUUCAAGAUAUUUUAGGAGAGCUUAGAGAAAAAGUAAGUGAAUGUGAAACAUCAGCUAUGUUGCCGUUGGAAUGCCAGUACUUAAACAAAAAUGCCUUGACAACACUAGCUGGGCCGCUUACUCCCCCAGUGAAACACUUUCAGCUGAAAAGAAAACCUAAAAGUGCUACUCUCCGAGCUGAACUCUUGCAAAAGUCAACAGAAACUGCACAGCAGCUCAAGAAGACUGCAGGAGUGCCUUUUCAUGCCAAAGGGAGGGGACUGGUCAAAAAAAUAGAUACAACAACACCACUCAAAGGAAUACCAAAACAAGCUCCAUUCAGAAGUACUUCAGCACCUAGUGUAUUUAGUCCUUCUGGAAACAGAACUCCUAUUCCUCCUUCACGAACACCUCUGCGUAAAGAAAGAGGAGUAAAGCUUCUAGAUAUCUCUGAGCUGGACAUGGUAGGUGCUGGCCGUGAAGCUAAAAGAAGAAGAAAGACAUUAGAUACAGAAGUUGUGGAAAAGCAAGCCAAAGAAGAAACAGUAGUAGAAAAUGCUACUCCAGAUUAUGCUGCUGGCCUUGUGUCUACACAGAAACUUGGCUCUUUGAACAAUGAACCUGCACUGCCUUCUACAAGUUAUUUACCUGCUACCCCCAGUGUGGUGCCAUCUUCCUCAUAUAUCCCAAGCUCUGAAACACAGCCAGCUGGCUCAGCACGAGAGGCCUUGCAGACUAACAGACAGACUGAAGAGCCUGCAGCUCCAAAUGCUACAACAACUCUUCCUGCACAGUUCAAGCAAAGAACACCCAUGUACAAUAGUAACUCUAAUCCACCUGCAGCUACGCCUACCUCACCCCUAACGCCUACCACACCUCCUGCCAUUUCCCCUGCAGCACAAGCACCGCAAGUGGCUCCCCAAACUCAGCAACAGCCACCACCGAAAAAAAGCCUCUCUCUCACGAGGGAGCAAAUGUAUGCUGCGCAGGAAAUGUUCAAGACUGCAAACAAAGUUACGAGGCCAGAAAAGGCUCUUAUACUUGGAUUCAUGGCAGGAUCCAGAGAGAACCCUUGCCAAGAGCAAGGUGACAUCAUUCAAAUUAAACUUAGUGAGCACACAGAAGAUUUACCAAAGGCAGAUGGCACUGGCAGCACCACUAUGUUGGUUGAUACGGUCUUUGAAAUGAACUAUGCUACUGGUGAAUGGACCAGAUUCAAGAAGUACAAACCUAUAACUAAUGUUUCUUAAGAGAUGCAGCAACAGCAGACUGGACCAAAUCAAGCUUAGAGUCAACGAGCUCGUAGAGUAUGUCAACUGUACAAAAUGGCAUUCACGUGUACGUUUCUUAUUACCCUCCAGAGUAGAAGUCGCGGCUCUUCAACCUAAAUGGGCUCAGUGAACACAGAAGAAGGUGUCAAAUUCACACUUUUUUUUUUUUCCUUUUAAAUCGGGGAAGAGGGAAAAGGGAGAGGUAAUCUUAGGGGGGUUUUGUUGCUGUGUUUUGUUUUCCUGCAGUUCAAGAUGCCAGAAAUGGAGAUCACAACUGAAAGAUUACAGAUGGGAGCAGUUUACUUCCGAGUACCUGAGGAAAAGACUGCUGGCGCAAUCCUUUGACAGUUUACCAUUAAACAAGGGCACAGAUCUUUAUUGUAAAAAUGUUUUCUUUGGCUAUGUGGGUUCUAUUUUCGGAAUGGACACUUAAAGCACCAUAGCUUGGUGCUUGAUUAUUUUGUAAUUCAGCUGCAGUGAGACUAAAUAUUGCAGGUGGUAGAUGUCUAGUGUCUAAUGGUACCCACUGUAUGUUUAGCUUAUUUAUGCUUGGGCCAUAGGAUGGGAUUGAGCAGCUUUGUUAACCUUGCUAUAUUGUGAAUGUCCAUGCCCAGCAUGAAUUAACCUAUAUUUGGCAUAACAAUUUAUCUAGAUAAAGAGAAACUGAGUAUCAUAAUUUUCUGAAGAAAAAAAUACCAAAUUUUAAAUGGCCGGAAGAAAGCAAGCAAGCAGCGGCUUAUAUCAGGAGGUGAUAGCUCUUUGCCCUAUGAGUCUUAGGGCAGAAGUUGAUAUAUGGCUCUUGCAUAGCAAGCCCUUUAAACAACAUAGCUUACGUGAGAAGAUAUGAAACUUGUACAUCUCAAGACCAAUUGCAGCUUAUUUAAAAAAAAAAAAAAAAACAAAAAAGGCCCUAGUAGUGACUGAAUGACAUGUCUCUGAAUGUAGAUGGUUGGAAAGAUUUGUUGUCUUGAGGCGGUGUUAAUGUAUGUUUGGCUGAGCAGUUGUGAGGUGCUUGAUAACCAAGUCCUAAUCUGAAAAGAAAUUUGAAUGAGUGUAGCUGUGGUUCUUACCAGUGUAGUUAUGUUAUAUCAGUAUAAUCACUAAUGUGGCUGCAAUUAUACAGGCAUCUAAAUGUGCCUUAUAUUGUCCCCCUCCAGUAGAAGCACGUUUUUUAUCUUUAACGGUGUUUACACCACUGGUAUAAUCCUGCUUUAGUUGUACAAGUAUAGCUUGCAUUUAUUGACAGGGCUUACAUACAUAGUUCAAGAUUCAUCCUUUAGAGACUUGGAUUCAUCCUUCAAUGGAGACUUGGAUUAAAACUUCAGUUUCUGCCAGUGCUUAUGUGUGGACUUGCACUUGCUAGGGAACAGUGCUCAGAAGGAAGAAACACAAAGAUGAGUAGCAUAAUGGUUGUCUGGGACAGAGGAGUUACUUUGGGCUGACUAGAGGCUGGUCGAACUCUUAGGGCAGUAUGAGGCUGGAUUUUCUUCUUGUUGUUUCUUUUUUUUCCUAAAAAGAAAUCAGACCAAAUCCCAUAAGUAUGCUUAUAUACUAACAAAGACAUUUAGAUGAUCGUUUAGUCUUUUGUAUUUGGGAUUUUUUAUUGCGUUUUUGUUUUUAGCUUUUCAAACUUAAUUAUCCAUCAGAACAGGGAGAGCGUAAAUAAUGAGGAAAUCUGUGUUUUACAGCAUUUUAAGAUGUGACCAAAAGUAUAGAUUUCUUAACUUUAUUUGAGCAAAUAUACAGACUGUUCUAACUCAUGUAGCAGGGCGAUUUCAGUGGCAAUUUUUCUUUAAACAGUUAAAAAUCAGCCUGACAAACAAAGAUGAUUAGUGGGUUUUAGUUUUUAGAGUAAGUUCACUAUAAAUGCAUUUCACAAUGGUUAUACCUUAUUUGAUAUAGUAUGUUACACAGUAAGGGCUAACAAUAGCAUAUGAAAGUAUUCAUCUUUUAGAGAAAGGUUUAAAGAAAAGUGACAUUCCUUUUCUUGUCUGCAUUCAGAUUUUUAAACAGCUUUUUGUGAUCAGUUUUCUGUAAAGUAAAACAUGUAUGAUACUUCUGUCUUACGUGUUCUUGCUUGCUAGAUAAGCUGCAAGUACCAAAUUUAAUUUUUAAGGAAGAGAACUUUUAGAGAAUUGGUUGACUCGAGGGGCAUGUACUCUCAUUCCAAACUGUUGAUUCAAGAUUUGGUGCAGUUUGGUAGAGAUCAGGAGUUGCUGUGCAGUGGCUCUUUGGCUUGCUUGUGAUUAAUGGGGGUCUACUCGCUAAAUUUACUUGGUCCACUAGUUGGACAGAGGUCUGCAUUUCAGAUCUGUGCUGUUGGGUUGGACGUGGUUCUCCCUCCAGCCUUCAAGAAGUCCUUCUAGAAUGCAGUUGAGUCAUUUAAGUGAGGUAGCCCAUGGGAAGCUACCUACUACUACCUAUACUGCUACCUGUUCUUUUUUGCUGUGUGACAAAGUUGGUCUCCAGGCUUGUUUGUCUAAAGAAGUCCCAUGCAAUAAACUGAGAUCUUAAAUAGUAUAUUUUUAAUUCAGUUAGGUUAUGGUCAUUAGAAUGAAACAAUUUAACAAUCCAAAGAUAAUUUAUUUUUAAAAGCGACUUUAUGACCCUCAAUACCAUAGCAUUAUUUCAACUUGAUCUUUGUAGUCAGAGAGGUUUUUUAAGAUGACUAAAGAAAGGGAAGCCUUUUCAAUAUUGUUUAAAAUAAUGAUACUGGUAAGAAAUAAAACUACAUGGAGCUCUUCAGUUCAGACAAUGAAAUCAUUGAACCAGUGGCCUGACUGAGAGUAGGGAUAGUGCCGGACAAUUCAGAAAGGGCAACACUAACGUUCGAAUUCCAGUGUAAUGGCAUAGUAGGAUACAAAAUGAAACCUGGCCGUGGAGCUUGAUAUUUUUUGUCUUAAAUAUUCAGUCACUUAGCUGGAUUCUGCACAACGGAGCUCAAUGUAUGCUGCAAAAUUAAAUGGAAAAUAGAGUUGACUCUAGAAUGAUUUGCUGAUGCAUCAACAGACUGACCAGAGAAGUUGUUCAGAAAUUUAAUAUUCAAGUUUUGUUUGCAUCCUUUUUCCCUUCCCUCUGUCUAACCAUGAAGUUUUAGGAAACGGCAAGCCCAAGCUUCCUAAGUGCAUUUUUGGACCUCAGCAAGGCAGUAUGUCCCAGCUUCUCUUGUCCUUGCUGGUAAAGAGACAUCUAUUUGAUAUGCAAGUCUAGGCAAGACAUGAAGAAUUAGCUUGCUUUUAGAGUAUGGAAUACUGGAGAAAGAAGCACUGAAAGCGGCUUGUCUUGUCUUAACUUUUUAUGCUUGGAGGAGAAAGAACACACACGUUCAUACCAAAGCUUCUUGGAACAACUUGUCCCACAGCAAAGUGCUGGGUUUCUUUAGGCUCGAUCUGAACGCUGUGAGGACCGGAGAAAGUGAGAUGAGUUUAAUAAAGAAGGUGAGCCCGGGGGGAUGCUGAGCAAGAGUUCUGAUCAUAGAUUCCUCCUUCCUUUUAGACAGAACACUUUUUCCUACUGUAGUGCUCUGUAGUUAUCUCCUUACAAAGCUGUCUAGGCUAGUUUUGGGCCAGUAUUUUGUGGGUUAACUUGGUUUUCACUGGUAGCUUUGCCACUUAAUCUUUCAGUUAAAUGCCAUAGGAUGCUGGAUGUGGUGGGGAGGAGGCCUUCAGUAGCUGAUUGAUAUCUCCAUGUGAAACUUCUAGUUUCUCUCACUAGGUCGUGUCAAAGCGCAGACCACUUGUCUAGAUGAAAGAAGCUCGAGACUUUGACGUUAUACAGUUUAAGAGUGAACCACACUUUCCUAGUAAGAUCUGACUGGAAAAAAAAAGACUAAAAAAUGUUAAGCCAGAGCCCGCUGGGAAUCUGGUGCCUUUAACAAGAAAUGUCAUUUUGUAAAAUGUUACAUCUAUAGCAUAGCCCAUAUGUUUUCUAUUAAUUGUUUUUUUUGUACAGUUGUAAAUUCAAAAUACUCCAUCUUUGGGUACGUAUUUUCAGUGUAAUACAGUAUGUAUAAUAAAAAUUUAGAUUUU